AUCCCUCAGCCUCAAUUUGAGUUCUCGUGCGCGGGUGAUUUUAUCGAAAAAUGGAGCUAGUUAUCUAUAUUAACAUUAUCGAAUCGAAAUCAAUUCCGUUAAUAUAUAGAUUGUUUUUCCCCCAUUCAUUAGUGCUUUAAAUUCUUGGCUUCUUAAUGUAUAUGCUUAGGCUUUAAUGUCUGAAACUGGUAAUCAAGGACUAUAGGGAACUCCGUAACCUGCAUGAAGGUCUUCGUUUUUUUGGUGGAUGAGUGCUUCACUGCUUCUUUUUGUGUCAAUGUGGCAAUUUAUUUCAUACUGGUUCAUUGGAUGACAUGAAUAGUAAGGACUAAGGAUAGUUUCAACUUUCAAUUGACAAGAUGUUGCGAGAAGGCACUCAACGCUUCAAGAUGCUUCAUCUACGUCUGGUUGCAGAUAUGAUGUUUGCUUUAAUUACCUUGAAGUAAUAAUAGAAAAAUAGUUUCUAUUUAGUUGGCCUUAGGAGAUUUCCCGUGCUGAUACAGAGCAAACAUAUGUCCUUAACGUACAUCUUGCAGAAACGGAAUAUUAAAUUGAAUGUAACUCUGAUCACAUUCCCAGUUUUCCUAUGUUUGCUGAUGGUUUUAAUACAAUUGGUGAUCAAUUCUCAACUAGAUAACCCCAGGUAUCGUUGUGGAUGUAAGUGCAUCCCCACUAACUCCAAUGGAAGUGCCUGCAAGAUGGUUUGUGGGUUGGAGUUCUCUACCUACAAGCAAGCUAGUGCUUGUCCUCUACCAAGACCAGAAAAAUGGCCUGCUUUAUUGCAAGUGCCAGAUUCUUCCUACCGAGCUGUCCAAACAGAUGUCCACACAUUCACAGGCUUACCAGGGGAAUUUUGCUUGAAAACAUAUUCUUGCCCAGUGACUUCACUCUUCACCGGACGAAACAGAAGUGUUGCAGAGAGUCUUGUCAAGAGGGUUGAACUAGAUGCAUUUACUGAGGAAUCCACCAAUGCAUUGGACUUGGCUUCUCUGUCUUAUAUUGGAACAAAGAGCACCCCUGGAACGACCAACUUCAUAGAACGUGCACUUCUGACCAAUUCUUCUUUAAAUAUUCUCCUACCUCGCUGCCCAGAGAACUUCAGCUACACCAUCCCUGUAACUGUAGGCAGUGCUACAUUCCGACAUGAUAUUGACUGCAUUGAGAGCUUCCACUUAUGGCGGGAGAACUCAUCAAUUAUCAACAGAGAACUAUUUGAAGGUUACCGGCAUGGAAAUUCUGCAAAAAAAAUCCAUGAAAUCCUUGGGGGUGUGUUUGUUACUUAUGAUUUCUUGAACACAAGUAAAGUUAACUUCAAUGUGAGCUUUUGGUAUAAUUCCACAUAUGGCAAUUUGGUUACUAUUCCACGCUUGUUGCGAAUACCACGAUCUCUUAACAUGAUUUCAAAUGCAUUUCUUCGACAUUUUCAAGAUAGCCGCAUGCACAUUCUUCUUAGUUUUGUAAAAGAAAUGCCAAAGCCAGGAACAAGGAUGAGACUUGACUUGUCUUAUGUUCUWUCUCCACUUCUCUUUGCAUGGGUCAUCCAGUUACUAUUCCCUGUUUUUUUCGUUUAUUUGGUUAACGAAAAGCAGCACAGGCUGAGGAUUAUGAUGAAAAUGCAUGGACUUGGAGAUGGGCCUUAUUGGUUGAAUACUUAUGGAUAUUUUCUUGUAAUAUCAAUCACUUAUAUGAUUUGGUUUGCCAUCAUUGGGUCCAUUAUAGGUUUGGAGAUUUUCCUGUUGAAUAAUUAUUCCAUCCAGCUUGUAUUCUAUUUAGUUUAUUUGAAUUUACAGAUUGCACUUGCUUUUCUAGCGGCAACUGGGUUCUCAGAAGUUGAAACAGCUAGAGUUGCAGGCUAUAUGUAUGUCUUUGGAUCUGGACUUCUGGGUGCCUUCCUUUUCAAAUCUUACAUUGAAGACGCAACAUUUUCAAGGUGGCAGCUGAUGUUUAUGGAGCUGAUGCCUGGAUUUUCUUUGUACCGGGUUUUAUAUGAGCUUUCACAGUCUUCAUUAGCAGGACAUCACCUAGGAACUCAUGGCAUGAAGUGGGAAGACCUAAGAAACCCAAAUAAUGGCAUGUGGGGCACUUUGAUCAUUAUGACUUUGGAAUGGUGGGGCUUGCUUGUUGUCUCUUACCUCAUGGAUCAAGUGAUAUCUUCAGGAAGUGGGAUAGCCAGACAUCCUCUAUUUUUCUUGAGGAGCUUUUGGAAAGGAGAUACACAGCUACCUACAAUUUCAAGCUUCAAAGAGAAAUCAAUUGUAAUUGUCAAUUUGGAAAAUCCUGACAUCUCCGAAGAGAGAUAUAUAGUUCAACAGCUAAUGAAGGAACCAAAUGGAAGUUAUCCAAUUUUUUGCCAUAACUUGAAGAAAGUUUACAUGGGAGAAGAUGGAAACUCAAGGAAGCACGCAGUCCAAAGUCUGUCUCUUGCUGUUCCUCAAGGGGAAUGCUUUGGUUUGCUUGGCCCUAAUGGUUCCGGAAAGACCACUUUUAUUAAUAUGGUCACUGGUUUUCUGCCUCCGACAUCUGGUGCUGUAUUCAUUGAUCAUAUGGAUAUCAUAUCAAAUAUGGAGCAUAUUUACACAAGAAUAGCAAUUUGCCCACAGAAGGACUUGCUUUGGGAGACUUUAUCUGGAAGGGAGCAUCUCUUGUUCUAUGGUAGACUGAGAAACCUGAAAGGCAAAUUGUUGCAUGAUGCAGUUGAUGAAUCAUUGAGAAGCAUGAAUCUCCAUGACAGUAACAUAGGUGACCAACUUGUCGGAAGAUACAGUGGUGGAAUGAAGCGAAGGCUCAGUGUUGCAAUUUCCCUUAUUGGAUAUACACAGGUUGUUUUUUUGGAUGAGCCCACAACUGGCUUGGAUCCACAGUCAAGAAAUAUUGUCUGGGGUGCUGUAAAACGAGCAAAGGCAGACCGUGCUAUUAUUCUUACAACACACUCGAUGGAGGAAGCAGAGUUUCUCUGUGAUCGCAUAGGAAUCCUUGUAAAUGGCAAUUUACAGUGUCUUGGAAGCUCAAGGGAGCUUAAAUCAAGAUUUGGAGGAUCAUAUGUGCUUACAAUAUCAGUGGAUCCCAUUCAUGAGAAGGAUGUUAGCUCCAUGGUUAAUAGUCUUUCUCCAAAUGCAAUGAAAAUCUACAACAUAGGUGGAACACAAAAGUUUCUUCUGCCCAAGCAAGAUGUUAGGAUUUUCCAAGUGUUUCAGGCUGUUCAAAACUUUAAGAGAGAGGCCAGUGUUCAUGCAUUUGGGUUUUCUGAUGCAUCUCUAGAGGAUGUCUUCCUUAAUGUUGUUCAAAAGGCAUCUAGUCGAAGAGUUCCUUCGAAUUUAAGACAUUAGUUGAAGUUUUUGGUCACUAGCAAUUUUUGUUGGUUAAUAGAGGAGCAUUAACAUAGCCUUGGUUUCA